GCAGAGAGAAAUCUUGAGUCUUGGCUUGGGUGUUCGUCCUCGGUAUUUCUGUUUUGUCGCUAUUGUUUCUUAAUUACCGAAUUUGUUGUUUUAAGGAUAUUUUACCAAACCAAAAUAGGAUCAAAUACACAUUUAUUAUUAGAGUAAGAGAAUGAGUUGUUCAGACUCACAGGCGUUGUCGGAAGAAAAUAGUUUGCCCGAAAGUGACAUGGGUGAUGUUCUCGGUAAGGAAUCCGAUGAAACCGAGGGAGAUGAACUGUCAGAAGAUUUUAAGGAUUUUUCAUCAGCAAGGGAAGAUGCCGAUGGUGCUCCCAGUAAUGAAGAGGAAUUAGCAACAGACAAUGGAGAUUUGGAUACUCCAGAGGAAAAAACAGAUAAAGUUAAUGAAGAAGAGGAAGAAGACGAAGAAAAAACAUGUACUUGUGAUGCUUGUAAGGAACAAAGGCUGCAAAAUGCUGAAAACAUAGAAGAGACAAGACGGUUACAGGCUUAUUGGUUGGAACUGCGCCAGUACAUUCGUAGUGUGUAUAGAAUGGCGAUGGAAGGAAAAAAUAUGCAUCCUAACCCAUACCAUCCGCAUAUCAAGGAACUUGUCCAUAAAUUAUGCUCGUGUGAUCCACAUCAGCUUUUUCAAAGGCUAGAAACGCAAGUUCAAGAGUUCGUUAUCGAAGCAAAAGUGAGACAACUUGAACUUCUGCACAAUCAGGAUACUCCGGAUCUACCUAGAUUAUUCAUAACUGGUCUGUUGGACAGCUAUAAGAAGCUGAUGUCAGCUGCUUCGCAGUUGGCCCCCCUGUUGGAGCAGUUGCAAAGCACUCACUUGAAUAAGUUCAACGUCACGUGGAAAGUGCUCAAUCAACACCUGUAUCAAAGCUGUGUCUAUACCGAUCCUUUGGUGCAGAAUAAUGUUCCGCAUUUCAUAUCUGAGCUGGGAAACUCUACAGAGAAUCUUGAUGGAAUGAGAGAACUAGUUCAUGACUUUUUGAGCUUUGAUGAUGAAAUUACUCUUGUUGGAGGCAUGUGGAGGGAAGUGGAGACCAGAAUUCAUCAGUACAAUCAAGAACAAGCCACGCUCAAAGCAAAACAAAGAAUGCUCCAAGAGGACUGGGAAUUUUUGAAAGCCCAAAGGAAGCUCAUUCAACAGAAAAUGUUAACUAAAACUACGAGCGAGCUGUGUGAACUGGAAGAGGCGGACGGUGCUUGUUCAGGGGGUGGUGAAAGGGGGGCAGGGGCGUGUCCCUGUGAUGACUGCUCCAUGUCGCAGCUGCUGCAGUCGUGCAGUGGCCUCGUCACACCUCCCCUCUCACCCCGUCUGCCCUACUGCGGAUUUGGCAAGACUGAUCUAGAUCUGAGACAGGUUAUAAGAACAGAAGGCGAAGGACGCGAACAAGUGGAAGAACAGCCUGAAAAUCCUAGCUGUGAGUGUCAUGUCUGCACUGCCCCACCUGUGUCAUCACCGAUGGAGUUGGAGAGUGGAGUCAUUAAUCCAACUUUACAUGGCGGAGGAUUCCAUUUGUAUCCACACAUUCACGGCCCUUCGAGAGGAGCAUUUAUAGUGGGUGAACCGACUAUUGAUUAUCCUCAUAUCUAUCCUCUACACCCUGUCUUAACUGGAAAACAAGCACAACCUGAUUUGGAUGAACUCCGUGCGCAUCAAUUAGCAGCCGCCGCAGGCUCCAACCAAGUAUUGAUGCAAAGCAAUCCGCAGCCGUACCACAGCCAUCUCCACCAGCAGCCGCCUGCACUGCCACCUGUAGCCGCCCCUGUGCAACCACCACCUCCACAGCAGCAGCAGCAGCAGCCACCGCCCCCCAGGCAGCCACCGCCCCCGAGGCAGCGCAAGUCCACGCCCUGUCCGGCCGACAGUACCACGCCUUCGCAUCCCAAGCUGCCCCCAGCGGCCCCCUACAAAGGCGGUACUAGUGCACAAGGUAGGAACACUUUAACUACACCCAGUAAUCAUAGGACUCAUAGACAUUCGACCACUCAGACACCGGCUGGAACAGCUGAUCAUCACUCUCAAAACGGUCAUUCUCGAAUACACCAAUCACGUCCAGACGGAGUGAAGCACACAAAUUCCUCACAAUCUCAUUCUUGUCAUAAGCAUGCCGAGCCCAUCAAAAGAGUCGCCUGCUCUGAUCAGCAUGGCGAUGAAGAAGAUUCGACGAGUCCGGAAGACAGUUGCUCGGAGCGUUCUACGUCAACUCAAAGAGAUUCCCGGCACUGUGAUUGCUGCUAUUGCGAAGUUUUCGGACAUGGAGUGCCUUCAGUGGCACCAGUCAGCCGCAAUUACCAGGAGAUGAGAGAGAGGCUGAGACAGUUGCUGACAAAGAAGAAGGCGAAAUACAAGGCGGGAGGAGGCGGCGGAGGUGGCUCUCAAACUGCAGCAGCAUCGCCUUCAGCUGCAUGCAGCGCCAACAAUGCGGCUGCGUCGUCGCCAGCUGCAGUCAAUGCAGCCACUGCCCAAGUCACCACUAAACCUUCUAUUCCUGCAUCCGUAGCACCUACCACCACUGAAGCCGCAAAGGACACAAGAGCCCUUGAAGAUUUAUUGGACUUCAUAGAAGGAAAUCCAGCAGCCAAAUGCCAAGAUGCCAAGAAGGCAGCGAAAAAAGCCAGACAAAGACAGAAAAAGCAAGAAGAACUGGACCGUAAGCGAAGAGAAGAAGAAGAGGCGGAACGAAGACGACAGGAACUUCUGAUUCAGCAGCAAAAGCAGCAGGCGGCGCUGUUGAAGAAGCAGCAACAACAACAGAAACAGAACAAAAAGAACCAGAAAGGAAAGAAGAAAGGCGGUGGCGGAGGAGGGGGAGGGGGAGGAGAAGCGAAGGAGAACAACAAUAGUACGAACGCGAGUAACAAGAGCAAGAACGCGGGUAAGAACGGCGGACAGGCGUCGGCUUCAGCGGCGUCUGCGGCGAAAAGUGAGCCACAAAUGGUGACCAUCAAGAGGGUGAUGGAGCCUCACAGCUCCGAGCCCACGGUCACCAUCACACUACGCGGAGCCACGCCCAAUGAAGACCAGGUGCUCUACACACUUCUCAACGGACAAGUGUGUCAGGUGCAAAAGGACGCAAAAAGCUCAAAAGCAAAACAACAGAAUCAGUCGGUUUCAAUCCAGCCAGUCCAGUCGAAUAAGAAUAAGAACAAUGCACAGAAUAAUAACAACAACACUACAUCCAAUAAAAAUACAGUCCAAAAUAACCAGAAUAAAAAGAAUAGUAAUAAUAACGCAGCGAAUAGUAAGAAUUCGAAAAAAGAUGUCAACAACCACAACCAAAUGAACGGCCAUGCGAGUAGUUAUAAUGCUAAUUGUAAUAAGGAUAAUAGUAGCAAUAACAACCGUAAAGUAUUGAGUCAGCAGCAGCAACAGCAGCAGAUGCAGCAACAACAACAGCAGCAGCAGCAGCAGCAACAACAGCACCAGCAGCAACAGCAGCAGCAGAAUGUAGCGACGGCUGCCCCUCCCCAGCUGACGAGUCCCACUGCCAUCCAGAUCAACAAUGCCAUCAACCGGCUGUCGUCACGGCCCCCCUCAUCCAUGCACAACUUCAGCUUCGAUAACCUGAACCUGCCGCCUGGAAUCACCAUCACCAAGGUUGACCCGGCCACCGUGCAACACACUCGCAAUCUCCACGUGAAGCAACAGUCGCCACCGCCUUCGAUUGCCACUCCUCCCCCGCCCCCAAAACCCGCCCCAUCAAAUGUGAUCGUAGUUGACACGGGAAAACUCAAGGAAUUCACCUCAACUGCCCAUAAUGGCUACAGCGACGACAGCUCAAACGGCAACGGAAAGAAAAAGAAGAACAAGACCAAGAAAGGCGUGAACGGUGCGGUUGGCGGAGGCAACACAGUGACGCUGACCAUGAAUGGCGGCAUGAAGCCGCCGCAGCCGCAGAACGGUAAAGUGAUGCCGCAAGCGUCCGUGGUGCCACAAGCGGCCAUCAUCAAGCUGAACGGCUCCAUGGUCACCAUUCGCAACCCCUCUGUCCUGCACCACUCUGUUCUCGACAACGACCACGACCAAUCGCCUGACGGCAAGAAGAAGAAAAAGAAGAAGAAGGGAGCCAACGGACAAGGCAGGCCCGAUGAAUGGAACCUAGUCGAUAGCGUAUUCGCUCCGAAAGACAUAGAUUUAGAAAAUGGAGACAUAGACGAUGCUGAAAGGGAACUGGAAGCUUUCAAACGUUUCUGUCAACAAUCUGUUCCUCCAAAGCAGAAGGAGAAAGUUCACCUGAACAUCAAAGAUAUUGUACUUAAAAAGAAGGCUUCUGCUAUAAGCUGCAGUUAAUUUACAUUCUCUUAUUCUAACUACGAAACUUUUUCAAAAAUAUUGGAGGAUGAAUUACAGUAUUUUUUGAAUGGAAUGCUGCAGCUAUCUUCAUUCAAUUGAACAUUUCUCAACUCAUCAAUACUCGAAGUUUGUUAGAGCUUUAUUUAUUAAAUCCUCGUCACAUCAGGACAAGUCACUCUUUCAAAAGGUUUUAGCAUGAAUAUUUAUUACGAGAUAUUAAUAGGAUUAAUUAAUAAUCAGUGGUAUUUAUGAUUGAUUUGUAGAUUGUAGUGGUUUUUUACGCAUUGGUAUUGUACACUGAUUCACUUACCGCUAGGUACGGUAUGGAAUCAUUAGGUAUUAAUCUUCAGCUGCACUAAUUUGCUGAAACUCAAUGUACUGUAAAUAUUCCUUUAUGGUGUUGAUUGGACUUUGAUGGUAAUUUUGAUAGCUGUGCUAAUGCAUUGUGAGAUAUCGAAAAAUCACCACAAACUUUAUUAUUAUAUAGAUAUAUUUAUAUCCAGUACACUGGAUGUGCGAUUCAUGUAUUCAUGUACGUGAGAAAUGUGUAAAAUUUACACUUUUUUCGGUCAUCGACCGAUACUACUGCCAACAUCUGGUGUUGUGUUUGUUAUACUAAAUAUAAUUAAGCUAGAAUGAAUUGAAUACACUAAUAAUAAUGAGCAUAAUUAUCUU